UACUUGAAGUAUCUUUUUGUUCAUAGAAAAAGAAAGCGAAGACAAAGAACAUGCUAUCUACAAAUGGAUUAGUGAAGAUUCUUUCUAACAGGCUGAAAGCUUGCCUCCCCAGUCCCCACCAUCAUCACCAAGGAAGAAAUUUGAUGGAAAAUGUCCUACCUGCACAGGAAAUGGUUCAAGGAUAUCAGGGGAAGAAUAUUUCACCAAGAUGUGCUUUGAAAGUGGAAUUGAGCAAGGCAUUUGAUUCUUCAAAUUGGGACAUUCUUCUCAAUGCAGUAACAGCUUUGGAAUUUCCUUCGGUCUUCAUUCAUUGGAUUCAGAGCUGUGUCACAAAUCCUAUGUUCUCCCUCUCCAUCAAUGGUGGGUCUGCUUGGAUAUUGGAGACCCUUUUAUCUCCUUAGUUCUUAUUGCAAUGGAGGUGUUAUCCAAACUUCUAAAUUCAGCAGCUGCUCAGGGAAUUUUCAAACACCAUCUAAUAGCCAUAGUGUUGGUCUUACUCACUUGAGUUUUGCAGAUGAUGUGCUCAUUAUUUUUCCAAGGGCACGGAAGACUCCAUCAUGACCACAGAUGGUGUGCUUUUUUUUUUAUAAACUCUUUGACCUUCAGCACAACAGUGCCAAGAUUGAGCUGUUUUCCUUUGGUACCCUAAGCAUAUUCUUUCUGAUAUUCAGCAGUGAAUUGGCUUCCAACUUGUUUCAUUGCGAGUGAAGUGCCUGGGUGUCCCCCUCAUCACAAAGGGACUCAGAGAUAAGGAUUGUGCUCCUCUAGUAGAGAAGAUUACAAACAGAAUUUAAUACUUGGACCUCCAAGCUUCUCUCCUUCGCUGGUAGGCUUCAGCUUAGUCAAUCAGUUCUCCGAGGAAUUAAACCAUGGACUUAAACCCAAUUAGGACUCUUUUCCCUUUGCUACAGGCCAACAGCCCAUGAAUUGAUGGACGAGCCCGUUAUUUCUUACGAAAGAAAUAUAAAGCCUUUGUAGAAUACAGAGGCCUUUAUAUCAUUCUCAUUGCCUCCCCGCCGUCUCCCAGCAACGACCAGAACCAUCGGACGUUCGCAACAGUGUUGUUCUUUCCUUAGUUGAACCGCCAAAGAGUCUGGGUGUCAAUUUCGCAAGCUUGGGGCUUUUUGUUGUCGGAUUGAUUGCAGCUUUCAGCUCUUAACAUUCACUCCCUUCCCCUCUCUUUGUCUCAAGGAAGAGAAUCAGUCAUGGUUCUCUCCUUGGACUUGCAGGACUUCCUUCUUCGUGCUAGAGUGCUGAAGCUCUACAGGCAAGCUCUACGGACUGCUCGAAGAGCUCCUGAGCAUUCUAGAGCUGAAUUGAAACAGGUGAUUAGACAAGAGAUGGAGAGUAAUCGAGAUUGUAAGGAUAAACAAAGGAUCCGCUUCUUGAUUAGUGAAGGAACCGAGAGACUGAAAGGUCUGACUGAGAUGCUUGGUAUGCAGGGACAUUGCUAGUGGAAUGAAGCUGCAUUUGGUAUGGAUAGUUUGAAGUCAAUAGGGAAGAUGGCCUUCAUAUCUGAGAAGCUGUCAUCCAAUUUCCUAAUUUUAGUUCAUUGAUAAUGCAAGAUAGAAGCCGGAAGAAUUGUUUGUUUUCCCCUUGAAUGCUACCAGUAGUUGUAAUAAAAAAUCAUGGUUCGUGAAAUUAAUAUAUACUGUUACUAUAA